AUGGGGGCCAUGAGGCCGGUGCUGGCCUUGCUAUCCCUGGCCUACCUGCUGCACACAGCCGCUGCCCUGAGAAUCUGCACUUUCAACAUCAAGACUUUUGGAGACAGCAAGCUGUUCAAUGACAUCGCAGGCAUCAUCGUGAAGAUCAUGCAGACGUACGACAUCAUUGUGGUGCAGGAGGUCCGUGACUCUGACCUGAGUGCCACCCGGAGACUGAUGGAUCAGCUCAACAGGGCAUCUCUGCAGCUAUACAGCUACGUGAUCAGCGAGCCCCUGGGCCAGAGCACCUACAAGGAGCAGUACCUCUUCAUCUACCGGACGGGUGUGGUGUCGGUGGUGGACAGUUACUGUUACGAUGAUGGCUGUGAGCCCUGUGGGAGCGACACCUUCAGCAGGGAGCCCUUCAUUGUGAAGUUCUCCUCCCCCUACACAGAGGUGCCGGAGUUCGCGCUAGUGCCUUUGCAUAUGGCCCCCAGCAAGGCUGUGGCAGAGAUCGACGCCCUCUAUGAUGUCUGCUUAGAUGCCAGAAACAAGUGGGGGACUGACAACAUCCUCUUCCUGGGAGACUUCAAUGGCGACUGCUCCUACGUCAGGCCGCAGGACUGGCCUUCCACCCGCCUGCGCACCAGCGACGCCUUCCAGUGGCAUCCCGACGGUGCAGACACCACCGUGUCGUACACAGACUGCGCCUACGACCGGAUCGUGGUGAGUGGCUCUGAGCUGCAGCACUGUACGGUGGACAAAUCUGCCAAGGUCAACAACUUCCAGGAGACUUUCCACGUGCAGCUCAAGGAUGUAAGUGAAGCCGACAACCUGCCUGUGUGCUUGCAGAGCAGCUAUCUGUGAGCAGAGACAAUAGCUGCUAGCUAGCCAGGGGACAGCGACAGCUGGUCAGGACUGGAGCCAAACUCAGAGAUCACUGCAUCAAGCUUUGCAGGGAGUCUCCCAGAGUUAGUCCAGCUCAGCUACACUAAGGCCUGCUCUACACACAGGUGUUGUCCUGCUAUAGCUGUGUGGGUUUGAGGGGUACUGCUGUAGUUACAGGGGCAGGAACUCGUGUGGAUGCAGUUAUACCAAUAUAAAGGAGCUGGAUAGCUUAUUCCCCUUCCCAGAUGGGAAGAGCUAUUCCGGGGUAAGCACCUUUAGACCAGUGUAACUCCAUCCACACUAGGGGGCAAAAGGGGUACCGCUAGUGGGUGUAGACGAGGCUGGAGACCCUACAGGCCUGAUUCUCGAUUGUCCCACACCUUGUGCAGAGUGAGUGCCGGGGCAGAGUAAGAGCACAGGAUCUGCAGGGCAGCCUUUCACACACACUUGGCUGUCACUUACUGCCCAAAGGGCAGGAUGACGGGCCCUAGACAUUGUUACAUCGCCUCCUGGCCAGGACACAGCAUUUCCACUUGGAGGGUCCUGUUGGCUCUAUGCUGUACAGCUCACUCCGCCCCAGCAAGUGCUUGGUAGGGGCCGUUUUCUUAUGGGUAUUGUGUAGAAUAUCCCCACACCUGCAGUUAGCCCCGGCCAUGGGUUAAAACCCCGGGCCUGCUCCUGCUCUCUCCCUGGGGUAACCGUUGUUCUUGGCGGACCAGCUGUCAACUGGUAUAACCAUAGGUGCCGAUCCAGGGCUGGACCACCCAUGGAAAAAAAAUAGUGGGUGCUCAGUACCCACCAGCCACAGCU